AUGGCAGACGUCGCCGUUCAAAAACGCCCCGCAUCUUCACCGUUCGCCGACCCCUCCUAUGCUUCCACCCUCGAUAAUAGUUUGGUCACGGAUAACAAUGACUAUGCGAAGCUUAAAAGACUUCAGCGACACCUUGAAUAUAUAAGCCUACAAGAAGAAUACAUCAAAGAUGAGCAAAGGAGCCUGAAAAGGGAGCUUGUGCGGGCGCAGGAAGAGAUCAAACGCAUCCAAAGUGUUCCUUUGGUGAUUGGGCAAUUCAUGGAGGCUAUCGAUCAAAAUACUGGCAUCGUUCAAAGCUCCACGGGUUCAAAUUACGUCGUCCGAAUCCUGUCUACCCUUGACCGAGAACUACUGAAGCCUUCAUCAUCAGUAGCGCUUCACAGACAUUCAAAUGCCCUUGUCGACAUUCUUCCUCCAGAAGCAGAUUCCUCCAUUGCUAUGCUCCAAGCACACGAGAAGCCUGAUGUAACAUACGCCGAUGUUGGUGGAUUAGAUAUGCAAAAGCAAGAGAUCCGCGAGGCCGUAGAGCUUCCCCUAACCCAUUUUGAUCUCUACAAGCAGAUUGGUAUUGAUCCGCCACGUGGAGUUCUACUUUACGGACCUCCUGGGACUGGUAAAACUAUGUUAGUAAAGGCUGUAGCAAACAGUACUACUGCUUCUUUUAUCCGCGUUGUGGGUUCCGAGUUCGUUCAGAAGUAUCUUGGAGAGGGGCCUCGAAUGGUUCGUGAUGUUUUCCGCAUGGCUAGAGAGAACUCCCCCGCCAUAAUUUUCAUAGAUGAAAUUGAUGCCAUCGCAACGAAACGUUUUGAUGCUCAAACAGGUGCAGAUCGUGAAGUACAACGAAUUCUGUUGGAACUGUUGAAUCAGAUGGAUGGAUUUGAUCAAACCUCAAACGUUAAAGUCAUCAUGGCCACAAACCGCGCGGAUACUCUUGAUCCAGCGCUUCUUCGCCCUGGUCGCCUUGAUCGUAAAAUUGAGUUUCCGUCUCUCCGCGACCGUCGUGAGCGUCGUCUCAUCUUUUCUACAAUCGCAUCCAAAAUGUCACUUUCUCCUGAAGUUGAUCUAGACUCGCUCAUCAUCCGUAACGACCCUCUCUCGGGCGCUAUUAUUGCUGCAAUCAUGCAAGAGGCGGGUUUGAGAGCUGUAAGAAAGAAUAGGUACAAUAUCAUCCAGGCCGAUCUGGAGGAUGCCUACAGCAGUCAGGUUAAGGGUGGAAAUGAGGCGGAUAAGUUUGAGUUUUACCGUUAA